AUCAUGUCACAAGAACCAUGAACACCAAGCCUUUGUUGCUUGCAGGAUGCCGCAGUGGUGUUUUGCACGAUGAGAUGCUCCGAACCUAUGUUUUGAAAGGGAGCAUAUCAUACACAGACUUGCAGCGCAUCUAUGCUAAAAUGGGCUGGGCUGCUGACAGCCAUACACUCACCCGGUACCUGCGUGAGGCGUUUGCCAACAUCCUGCAAUCUGAGGACCUGGAUAUUCAACUUGGCUUUACGUCAGCUGCUGGUGACCUGGACAUGCCUGCAAUCAACAAGGCUCUUGAGCAGUUCACAGCUCGUCUGGAAGCCAAGUUAGGAUGACUUUGCAACCAAGGUUUCAUGGCGGUAUCUUCGGGGCAAUUCACCCACGCCAAUUCAACGACGGGCAUGUGCUGUGUGGAACAUGAUGGUCAGCGCGCUGAAGCGUGAUCCCGUGUGCUCACUGGCUGAUGCAGCACAGCGUAAUGGGGUUGCACUAGCACGGCGGGGUGCCAACGCACGCAUUCCUAUGCAGCGUGUGCCUGACAGCAGGAACGGCCUCCACGUGCGCUUGCAGUUGACAGGCAUGUACCAGCAGGCAUGCUACAAGGCAGCAUUGCUUCAGCAGGAGCUGUACGGGGCAUGCUUUGAGCGUCGCUCAUGCACGCCAUUGACUGCUACCAGCAGGCGCUUUGUGGUGGCAACUCGUGACCGACCUGACCUCCAGGCACGUGUGGCAUCUGUGCUCGGUGACCUGCAAGCUGCACGCACUGAGGCGCAGACCUACCGUCAAACAGUCCUCAGCGAGUGCUCCACUAGCAGCAGAACCACACUCCACACUGUUGGCGCUCAGGAGCAACAUGCUAACAUUGUCUGCCGCAAGCUGCUGGACCACCUUACCACACAGCGACCUGCUGGUGCUUCAAAACUGCACCUGUGUGUUUAUGAUGGGGCAACUGUCAGCUCUCAGGUUAUACCAUGCUACUUCAACAACACCUGCUCCAUGUUGGCAGAGCGUUAUUGUGUCACGGGCAUAUAUGUUGCAGCUCUACAGCAGCAUGCCUUUGCAUAUGCGAAUGGAUCUGGCCCAGACACCUGGAAUCCAAACGGCCCACGUGGUGUGAUAUUGCCUGCACCAGCUGCAGUCCCUGGCAAUGAUGACGGUCCAUCCAUUGCAGUGGAGGCAGCACUGGAUGAGCGUGCAUCAGUUCUGCACAAUAUGACAGCAUCCAAGAGGCACCGGGGUCGCGGUCGAACUGUUGGGUGCAAGCCCAAGUUCGCAUGCGCAUAUGCGGGCGAACUGGCUGGCUGUAGGGUAUCUGCUCGUGUGCCAUGUGUUGGCACUCCCUCAGCCAAGCCAAGGGCAACCACGGUCCAGUAUCAUAGCCGCGCUGGUGUACGCAUCAUCAAGGACUACAUUCCGGUAUACAAGGCCCGUCUGGUAGCUAAUGCGCCAUCUGACGCAAUGUAUGAGGCAGACCAGGCUCGGGAGGCAGCUAUGCUGUCAUUCUUGAUCACCAACUUAGCCCAGCACCCUAAUGUCCAGCGCCGUACCGGCAGUUUUGAGUGCAUCAAAGAGGACCUCAUUGCAUACAUGGAGUCAGAUAUUAAAUUGUACUUGGAUACAUAUGGCGAGGCAGCAGCCCAGGAGCGGUUUCGCCUUCCCAAAUUGCACCUUACAGCUUCCAACGGCACUGUCAAGUACCGUGCAGUGAUGGACCGGGACCGUCGAGGCAACAUAUAUGGCUCAUCUCAGGCAGCUGCUAUCAUUGAGCGUGAUGUUAAUGAGAUGCGCUGUGGGUCUGAGCCAUAUGUGUCCCCCGACUGGUAUUUUCCCAACCCUGCCAUUCUUGCGUCGUUCAAAGCCAAGCUAGCUGAAGUCAACGCUGCGGUGCUUGCUGCAAGGGCCGUCAUACAGCCUGGUAACGGUGUCCACGAGGGAUUGGAGGAGAGUCUUGGCACCAGCAACGGCACAGCACCUAUGGAUGUCGACGAGGUGCCAAUGGGGCUUGCUGCAUUCAUGGCCGUGGAGGCCUGUGGAACACAAGCCCUUUGUCCCGAUAUUGUGCAACACCGCUCUGCAAAUAUUGGCCCACUUACAUCAUUUCUUUCUGGUCUGGUCAACCAGCGUGUCCUAUCAAAGUCUUUGGAGGUUGCGCAUGUUGCUGGCCUUGCCAAGACUGCCAGAACACGCAUUGAGAAGUAUUGCAUUUACCUUGAUUCAGCAGUGCUACAAGCAUUAAUUAAGAGUGGGUGCGCAGCUGCCUAUGCUCGCACGUUUGCAGCAGAUGUGCAGAAGGUUUGGGACCAGUCAAAGAGCACUGAUGACAGGUGCGUGUAUAGGUCCUGACUUUGUUUGUGAAUGGCCUUGCUGCAGGCACAUCAUUUAUGGUGUGUUGCAUGUUGCAGGGGCAAUGCCAAGUUCACACCAGCUGACAUCCGCAUAUCAUUUGCACGGCUUGCACAUUUUGGGCCCUACAAGACCUUGCUGGCUCAGCAGUCCCUUGGCAGCAUAUUCUGGGUGAACUGCCUUGGCGCUAGCAGAGGUGCCAAUGCAACUCAUGCCAAUGAUGUAGUUUUUGUGGUGUCAGGUUGCCCACCUGUUGGUAUGUAUGUGGCUGGUCCAUCCUCUGUCUACACUGCCGCAGCAACUGUGCAGCAAGUUGAGGAGGCAGAUGCUGGUGAUGAUGACUCCAAUGGCGAGGGUAAGCAUGGCAAAUUAGAAUUCCAAGACUUCCUUUGCGUGGUGAUGAUUGAGAAACCUUGCAGGUGGCAACCCUGAAGCAGAUGAUUAUGCGGGUGAGGACAGCGACUACCUGAGGAUUCAGGGUACACAGGCCAGCACACCCACAGCAGCAGCUGUACCUGCAGCUGGGGCCAUGCAUGGGGGUGGUGGUGGGUCUGGAGAGGGGCAUCUGCAUACAUUUGUACCUCCACCCACCAGCCACAGCUCUGGGGGACCCAGCCAUCAUAACAACAGCCAGGCUUCGCAGUUAGGAAGGGCAUCAGGCAGUCAUGGGGCUGCAGGUGACCAAUUACAGCUGGCUGUUACACAUCAGCACGGCAGUGAUUCUGUGCGGUGGCAACAUGCGUUGAUGCUGGUUAGUGCUCCAACCCAACAUCAUGCAGAUGAGGUCUGCCAGCGAAUGAUGGUAGAGCUGGACGCCUGCGAUACAGUACCAGCUGGCAGCAUUCAGCAGCUGCGGCUCUGUGUGCGCAAACGCACUGCAGGCAACUCUGCUGGGGGACCUGGUGGCAGCGCAGAUGUGACACGCCCAGGCUGUGUACAUGCACUUGCAACCAGGUUGGCUGAUCU